AUGAUGUAUGAGGAAAUGGGUUCUAUGACUGAUGAUAUUCAGCGACGCUGCUCGCUUCCCAUUUUGAAAUCCUCCACUCUCGGUAUGAGUGGCUCUGACUUGGGCGAGGACCGCCGCCUGCCUCCUCUCCCCCGCGUGGAUCCAUUGCCCCGCGGACCUUUCCACCUGAACCCUUUCCAUGUCAAGGAGGCUUUCCCUCCCAGUACCCCGGGCCCACAAGACUCCUUCCAGUUCAAGUCAUCAUGGUCUGGUAGUGAGCCCAUCGUGGCUCCUCCCUCGCCAGCCAACUCUGCUGAGAGCUCUUGGCAAGAGUCUUUCACAGCCCAGAAGGCUGCCUCGACCGAGUGGCCCAAUGAUCUCUCUCCCACUGAGAUUAUGGCAUUGAUUGCUCCCAAGAACAUCAACCGUAAGCAGCCUCUCCAGCAGCUGUGCGGCCGUAAACGCAAGGGCAGCUCCGACUCCCCUGAUCCCGAUGAUCAGCGGGAAAAGCACCGCAUUGCCGAGGGCAACCGCCGAAAGAACCUCAGCCAGCUGCACCGUGAGCUGGACAGCCGAAUUCAUGACUUCUUCUUGGAGCGCGCCGGCUGGAACCCAUCUAAGAGCCUGAUCCAAUCCAAGGAGCAUAUCGUCCAGGGCGCCGUCUACCUUGUUGACUUCAUGCUUGCUAUUAUUGUCCACCUGAUCCGACAAGAGCAGGUCACCCCCCAGCUUUCUGAGAAGCUGCAGCCCCAAGUCCGCUGCAUGCAGCUGCAACAGCUAGUUACAUCCCUCCAGCAACAGAACCAGACCACCCAGCAACAGCUCCGCACCGCUAAGGCAGAGAACGAGAUGCUGGCGGAACGCAACCGUCACCUCGAGUUCCAGUUGAAGUCCUACGAUGCCAUGUUCCGCUCCCCAAAGCCCGAGAGCACAAGUCCCCGACCACUAGUCGAGGUUCCUGAGCACAAGCGCCAGAAGAAAGCUGGCCUACCGGGUCUACGUGUCUUCUGUGAUGAGAUCGGCCAAAACAUCAACAUGGGCCCCGAAACUCCUAUCUACCAUGAUCCCAUGCCGAGUGCUACUUCUCAAACCUUCAGCACAUCAUACCUCACAUCAACACCCCCUGUUACAGGUCCCUCAUCACCAGCUUUCCUCUCUUCGCAGCCCGCCUCUUUCAACUACCCUUCUUCCCGACGCCACUCGCUGAUUCCGUCGCCAUAA